AUGGAUGAAGAUCAAGGCCCGUCGCAAAUCGUCCCCGGGACGGCUCCCAAGAGGACCAUGGGAGACCGCCUCCGCGGCGCCAAGAACAGGUUCUUCACCAAGGACGGCCUUGUUGGCGACUACGACUACGCCUUUCUGUUCCGGCCCAACCUGCCCUUCAUGAGGAAGAGCCAGAGGGCCGCCCCCUUCUUCGGCCUGAACGACCGCAUGCCCACGCUGCUGGCCCUGCUGCUGGGCUUCCAGCAUGCCCUCGCCAUGCUGGCCGGCAUCAUCACGCCGCCCAUCCUGCUGGGUGGCUCCGCCGGCGCCAACCUCACGGGCGAGAUGCAGCAAUACCUCGUCUCGACCGCCUUGAUCGUCUCCGGCCUCCUGUCCAUGAUCCAGAUCACCAGGUUCCACAUCCUCAAGACUCCCUACUACGUCGGCACGGGCUUGAUCUCCGUGGUCGGCAUCUCCUUUGCCAUCAUCCCCGUCGCCCAGGGCGCCCUCUCGCAGAUGUACGCCAACGGCUUCUGCCCAACGGACGCCGCGGGGAACAAGCUCCCUUGCCCCGAUGGCUAUGGAGCCAUCAUCGGCUCUAGUGCUCUCUGCGCCCUCAUCGAAAUCGUCAUCUCCUUCAUGCCGCCCAAGAUGAUGAUGCGCGUCUUCCCGCCCAUUGUGACAGGCCCAACAGUCAUGCUCAUCGGCAUCAACCUGAUCAAGUCUGGUUUCCAGAACUGGAUGGGAGGCUCCGGCGGCUGCGCGAACCCGACCUCCGACUUCUUUGCCCGGUGCCCCAACAUCGACGCACCUCACGCUCUCCCCUGGGGCUCUGCCGAGUACCUGGGUCUGGGGUUCUCCGUCUUCAUCACCAUCAUCCUCUGUGAGCGGUUCGGCGCCCCAAUCAUGAAGUCCACCUCCGUCGUCAUCGGUCUGCUCGUUGGAUGUAUCAUCGCCGCCGCCUGCGGCUACUUUGACCGCUCCGGCAUCGACAGUGCCCCUGCCGCUUCCUUCAUCUGGGUGCACACCUUUAAGCUCACCCUCUACGGACCCCUCAUCUUAGCUGUCGAGUUGACGCGCGUGAACAGGCCCUUGCUAGCUGUGUACAUCAUCUGCGCCACCGAGGCCAUCGGAGACAUCACGGCGACCUGCGAUGUGUCUCGCCUCGAGGUCGAGGGCCGCCUGUUCGAGUCCCGUAUCCAGGGCGGUGUGCUUGCCGACGGCAUCAAUGGUGUUCUCGCCGCACUCAUGACCAUCACCCCCAUGACGACGUUUGCCCAAAACAACGGUGUCAUUGCUCUCACCCGUUGCGCCAACCGCAGCGCUGGCUACUGCUGCUGCUUCUUCCUCAUCAUCAUGGGCAUCUUUGCCAAGUUCGCCGCCUCGCUUGUCGCCAUCCCCUCCUCGGUCUUGGGCGGCAUGACCUCCUUCCUCUUCACCGCCGUCGCCGUCUCCGGCAUGGCCAUCAUCACAAAGGGCGUGCCCUUCAACCGCCGCAACCGGUUCAUCCUCACGGCCGGCCUGACGCUCGGCUACGGUGCCACACUGGUCCCGACCUACUUUGACAACGUCUUCACCUACGCCGGCGACAACCGCGGUCUCCGGGGGUUCCUCGACGCCAUCGUGCUCAUCAUGGAGACGGGCUUCGCCAUCACGGCGUUCGUGAGCAUGCUUCUCAACUUUGUCCUCGACGAGGAGAUUGAGGACACGGAAGGCCACGACGUCGUCCCUGCCACUGGUCCUGUCCCUUCCAAGGACGUCAACGGCGGAGACAGUGCCCGCGGUGCCGACUCGGAGGAUAUCCAACCCGUUGGACACAGUGGCGGUGCCAAGGGCGACGAGAAGCUGUCUUGA